AUAAAAGUUUGUAUGGAUGUUGAAUUGUGGAGUGGAUUAUGAAUAAAUGCUUGAUUAAUUUUUGGGAUCUUCAUCUAUCUUUUGCUUUGAGUUUUCUUUCUUUAUUUUAUCUAGAUAACGAAAAUAAGUUGUGAGUGGCAGUUACUAGAUAACCCCAAUCACAUGAUGAUGCAUCAUAAUGACCUUAAUCAUAUAAAAAGAUAGCCGGCUUAAAUUUUCCUCCAUUUGUCUUCUAUCUUGAAUAUUUUUUUAACUUCUAAAGUUGGACAACUGAAUAGCUGGACGUAGUUGGUAGUAGUAGUGACAACCUGAGAAAACAGUACAGGGUGGAGAUAAAGAUGUUUUGUUAGUAUAUUUAGGUGUGACUACUGAACAUAACUGACAUCUAUCUCAAGAAAAAGAAGCAGAAGUGAGUUCUCUGUAUGGCCAUGCCAGCUCAACGCUUCUCUUCCUUGCUUUCUCUGUCUUUUUCUGCUUCACGGCUUCUCUGUCUAGGAAGAAUUUCUGGCAGGGGAAGAAGUAUCUGCAGGUUUAGCACAGCUGCAUUGCCUGAAGAAGUGAUUGUCCCUCCCGUUCAAGUAACUUACAAACAAAAUUUGAUCAACGGCCAGUUCGUCGAUGCAGCAUCAGGGAAAACAUUCCCCGCCUACGAUCCACGUACUGCAGAAGUGAUUGCUCAUGUUGCAGAAGGUGAUGCAGAAGAUAUUAACCGUGCAGUAGCUUCUGCUCGUAAGGCUUUUGAUGAGGGACCUUGGCCAAAAAUGAGUGCUUAUGAAAGGUCACGAAUAAUGUUACGGUUUGCAGAUUUGGUUGAGAAACACAGUGAUGAGCUUGCAGCUCUGGAGGCAUGGAAUACUGGAAAGCCUUAUGAACAGGCAGCUAUGUCUGAAUUGCCAUCCUUGUCGCGUCUAUUUCACUACUAUGCUGGUUGGGCAGACAAGAUCCAUGGGCUAACAGCUCCUGCUGAUGGUGAUUAUCACAUUCAAACGUUACACGAACCAAUCGGCGUUGCUGGACAAAUUAUUCCAUGGAACUUUCCGCUUAUCCUGUUUGCUUGGAAAGUUGGGCCUGCACUUGCUUGUGGUAAUACUGUUGUUUUAAAGACUGCAGAGCAAACUCCAUUGACCGCUCUCUAUGUGGGAAAGCUUUUCCACGAGGCUGGUCUUCCUCCUGGCGUUCUGAAUAUCGUUUCUGGCUAUGGUCCAACUGCUGGUGCAGCACUUGCCAGCCAUAUGGAUGUAGACAAGCUCUCUUUCACAGGAUCUACUGAUACCGGCAAGAUUGUGCUUGAAUUGGCCGCAAAAAGCAAUCUUAAGCCAGUGACUUUGGAGCUAGGAGGGAAAUCACCUUUUAUAGUAUGCGAGGAUGCUGAUAUUGAUCAGGCUGUGGAGCUUGCUCACUUCGCCCUCUUCUUCAAUCAGGGUCAAUGCUGUUGUGCUGGGUCUCGUACAUUCGUUCAUGAACGCGUAUAUGAUGAGUUCAUAGAGAAAUCAAAAGCACGUGCUAUGAGACGAGUUGUUGGCGAUAACUUCAAGGCAGGCGUGGAGCAAGGUCCUCAGAUUGACAAGGAGCAAUUUGAGAAGAUACUCAGGUACAUAAGAUCUGGCAUUGAAAGCAAUGCUACUCUUGAAUGUGGAGGCGAGAGAUUCGGCUCCCGAGGCUACUUCAUCAAGCCCACUGUCUUCUCAAAUGUUCAGGAUGACAUGUUGAUAGCUAAGGAUGAGAUAUUUGGUCCAGUCCAGUCCAUCUUAAAGUUCAAGGAUCUUGAUGAAGUGAUUAGAAGGGCGAACUCAACGCGCUAUGGUCUGGCAGCAGGAGUUUUCACCAAGAACAUUGACACUGCGAACACUCUAUCGCGGGCGCUGAGGGUUGGGACUGUUUGGGUCAAUUGCUUCGACGUCUUCGAUGCUGCAAUUCCUUUUGGUGGGUAUAAGAUGAGUGGUAUUGGCAGGGAAAAGGGGAUCUAUAGCCUUGAGAAUUACUUGCAAGUCAAGGCAGUUGUUACUCCUCUCAAGAAUCCAGCAUGGCUGUAGCUUGGUUGUCUCUGUCACAUUCCAAGCUCCUUGUGGAGCUUCUUCUGUUGUGUAUAGGGACACCGUCCCUGAACCCUAAACUUAUUGCAACUUCUGAUAUGUGUAUUUUGCAUUUGAAUAAUCAAAGAUACGUGAGUUCCUCGA